CCUUUGCUUUGCCGUAUGAGUAAGCAUCCCGGGCGUCUUGGGCGGGCGAGUGAUGUCUUAUGGUCAGCCUCAAUUCCUUAUUCAUCCUUCUAGCAUAUCAUAUCAUAACUUACAGCCAAAUUUAUCUGCCAGAAAGAAACCUGGCCAUAAUCGGGACAAAUAACCCCCCAACUCCAACAACUAGAAUCAGCAACCAACAACAAGCCCCCACUGAAAGAGUUCGCCAUGAAACUCCUCGCGCUUCUGUCGUUUCUGUCAGCCAUCGCAUCAGCCCUGGAUGUUCAGGGCACCUUUGCACCAUCUCCCCUCCUCCCCAAUCCGUCCACCCUUCCACCUUCAACCUCGCUCACUCUCACCACCACCGGAACGGCAAAGCGAACCCUAAUACGGCGCGAUAACACCUUUAGCUUUCACGAUGUGCCCGAGGGAUCAUAUCUACUCGAUGUGCAAUGUCAGACUCACCAGUUCGCGCCCUUACGGGUAGACGUCAACGGGCAAGGGGAAGUGGUGGUGCACCAGACAUUCCGCGGAAACGAAUGGAGGAAUAAAGGAGAAAAGAAGAGUUACCCUAUAGUUCGUCGACCUCCCGUUUUCUUGCUCGCGCCUCAUCUGCCGCUUGAAUCAUGGCUAACCUGAGUUUUUUUCUUCCUUUUUUUUUAAAAAAAAAAUAGGAGAUCCAACCAGUUCGCCCUAUUGACUACUACAUUGUUCGUGAAGGCUGUGGGUUAUCGACUUCUAGCGAGGCUUUGAACUUUAGACUGAUACUCUUGCCUUAGUCAAUCCUACGAAGCUCCUCGGAUCACCAAUGGUUCUUAUAGCCCUCUUCAGUCUAGUCAUGAUUGUCAUGCUGCCUAAACUCAUGGACCAAAGUUUGUUCACUCACCCCCUCCCUUAACUCCCUCUCCUGUUGGGACCAAGCUAAGGAUCACAAGUGGACCCGGAAUUCAAGGCGGAGCUAGAAGCGCAGCAGCGCAAAGGCGGGGCAAACCCUGUAGCCAACUUUGAUGUCGCAUCCUUCCUUGCCGGAACCUCCUCCUCGCCAUCCGCCGGCGGCACUUCAUCAGGCGGGAAAGGAAAGAAAAAUUAG